GAAUCGGCGACUAUUGAUAAUUUCGGUUACAUAUUGUCGUUAUUGCGGUUGAGUAAACUUAUGUAGAUCGUCAGUUAGCAAAAUGUGGAGAACAUAUUACGUAGCCUUGCUUUUUCUCUCGUCUUUACAUUAUUCGGAGCAUAAGGGAAUGUGCGACCUUAUUUCAUGGACAACUGUUCCGGGUCCACCGAUCAAAUAUCAAAUGAGCAAGCCUAACAACGGAUCUCUUGACAUCAAUACAUGUGGUCCCCUUGGAAGCCCGGACAUUAUUUAUACAAGCAUUCCCAAAAGGGUGACUUCAGAGACCAGUUAUGUUUUAUUAAACGCGUACGUUAUGUCAUUAGCUGACGUUGAUGGUGGUUUUCUUGAUGCGUCAGUGGUUUUUGAGCCUGGCAUGGCGCCGUUUGACUUCCACUCCAGUUUUGACUGUGGCUUGUUUCUUGACGUUCCAUGUCCUCUGCCGGUGAAAGAAGGAGAAUGGAUGCACCUAGAAAUAAAGUGUGAUACCAGAUUCUAUAUUCCGAAUAUGGAUGCUAAGUUGAAUUUGUCGAUAAGGAACUACACAAAGAAUACAGUGCUUUGCGCCAAAGGCAUAUUCCGUACGUUUUAAUUUAUCAGCAACACGUCAUGUUGGUCGGCUUUUUACAGCAAUUGUUGAAUAUUUGAAUAUACCAAUAAUCCGUUGGAUAAGAUAAGACACUUUAGUCCACAAAUUUAAAUGUAUAAAUAAAACUAUAUAUUUUAUAGAAUACAAUAUUCAUUACAGUAUUACUUUAGCUGACGAUAGUCGUACUUACAUAACAGCACAUAAAUAUACGGUAAUACGAUCAAAUGUGACCUGAAAUAUUCGUUUUAAUAUAAAUGUAUAGAAUUGUUCCAUUUUUCGUAAUCCACUCAGUAUCGAUAAGGUGUUACAGGUACCGGUAUAAUUAAAUAAACUAGAGGGUUUGCUCGCUUCCCUCUAGUAUGUGAACGUCACGAUUAGUUUCGAUAAAGAGUAAAACAUGGCACUAAAAGAAGA